CAUGUCAUGUCAUCACCUCCCGAUGUCAUGGUCCUUUUUGAGAAUGAAGGACAAACAACCACCACCCACAAUCUAUCUAUCAUCUUGCCUAUAUACUUAGAUAGACAAUGAACUAUUGCUGGAAUUGAAUAAGAAAUUAGGUUGUAUUGCAUUGGGGAAAUUACAACAUACUUUUAACAAUUCUGAGCUUCCCUUUGGAAAAAUGAGAUAUCUAUUUAACUUCUGUUUUUUUUUUCUUUAGUGAUACUAUAGGGCUGCAAAUCAUAGAAUACCAUGACUUCUGCGAGUCAUAGGGUAAUGGAGAGUAUGGUGUAGGUGAACAAAAUGCAGUAUGUUUCCAGUGAAGAAUCACUUAGGGGAAACGGUGUAAUGGAGAGGUGUCAAGCUCAUGGCUUGUGGAUAGCACAUGGAUGUUAAAACUCUCUCUAGAACCAACAUAAAACAUAACUGGGAAAUUUUUUAACAAAAUAAAUAACAGUAUAACACAACAUAGAUCAUGUUAACUUGUGAUUUUCUAAGUCAAUAUGGCCACAGGGAUCUGUUUCUAUUUGAGUCUCACACUCCUGACAUAAAGGGUAUCAAGGGAGCGCAUGAGACCAGUUCCACUCUGGAGGCAUAACAGCCUUGAAAAGAGGGGCCCGGCUAGAACAAAAGGUUUAUUGGGAAUGAUGGAGUACCUCAAUACUCUAGGUCAUGUCAGAGCUGUACCUCGCGAUUGUGGUACCUGUGGCAAACAACAGGAAAUAGGAUGGCAAAUCAACUUUGUAAUCUGUGGGUGGGGUGAACUAAGAGGUCUAAGAAACUUAUCCAGGGUCACAUCUAGAGUACAUGUAAAGAGGCAAGAUUGGAAUCUGGAUUUUCAUGACUUUGUGGGCAGUUCUCGAUCAUCUGCUUAUGCUGCCUGUAUGAAAAAAGAACUGAGAAAUAAUUGAAACACAUCCAGCUGAUCUAGAGGGAAGAAAUAGUUGACGUAGUGGUUCCUUGCUGCUGAAAAUGAGUGAAUGUGUAAAAUUUUGACUCCCCAGGGGGAAGUCACUCUAGUUAGAGCUGUUGCUUGGGUCCUGCUUGACUCCCACCCUCACACUAUCAUUUUCCUGCAAAGUCUCUUACGUGUGCCUUUCUCCUUGUUCUGUUUCAGAGCUCCACAGUGAGAAUAAUGGGGACCACCAAAAAUCGGGGGUCAUGGACUUCAUCGACCGAGAUGAAAAGAAGCUACAUCCUAUGGAGGCCCCUUUGGAGGCCUCCCUGAAAACUCUGAGCCAGCCUGAGGUAGGAGAGGGGGUGUCUCCUGGCUGGCCUGACUCUGCCCACAGUGUGCAUUCUUGGGGGAAAGAGGUGGCAAAAAAUACCCGGCCCACCUGGCUUAUCUCAGCAUCUUGUUCUGGAGCCUCCCAGCCACCAGAAUUAGUUUCCCCCUCUGAAGCAGUCCCUCGGGAGUCUAUGAAGAUUACACCCAUUAGUGUAAACAACACAGAAGCCACUCUGCUUCUGAGUGAACCAGUACCAAGCCCUCCUGUCUCUUUCCUUAAAGUGCUUUCCAGAGGGACAGUGGCUAGUUUUCCAGAAUCCAAGCUUCUUCCCGAGACCUACAACAGUAUUUUAGUAGAAAUGAGAGAGAGAGGUGGAUUGCCAAGCACUCUGCAUCCUGGCAGGGGAGCCUGGCCUGAGGGCACAGUUCCCCAGCCUGCUGGGAAUGCCUCUUUCUCCCUUCAGUUACAGACCUCCAGCCCAGAUUGGAGAGUUAGAUCUGAGAGCACUGUAGCAGAUAUUCAGACCUCCCACCCUAGACUUGGCAGCAUCCCAGGACAACUUCAUAGAUGCCGACUGUGUGGCCAGAAGGAAGUGGACUCGGCUCCCACUGCUGGAGGGGGGGUCCUGCCAAGAGGAGGGAAGGGGUUGCUCUGGCGCCUUCUGAAGGCCCUGACCAUGGCAUCAGCCUCCAGGAACUUGCCAGCCAUCAGAGGGGUUGGAGCACGGGGUCCAGGGACUAGAGAUCAACUCUUUUCCAUAGAACUGAGAGGAGACACUGCUUUAUCUAAGCCCCUAGGCAUGGUGUUCCCUGCCCAUGGGACACACAACCCACAGGCCCCUGAAGAGCUAGCCCAGACGCUCCUGGAGGGAAGACGAAGAGAAGCAGCUUCCAGGGAGGGAGAAAAACUUCUAAAAUGGCUAACCUUUGGAGAUGCAACCAGUAUCCCAGAUGUACCAGCCAGGCCUAAGCCCUCCCCAAGCACAGGCCAGGUCAGUACCUGGCACACCUGGGGACCCAGGCACAGGAACCAGCUGAGCCCAGAGAAGGGUAUUCUAGAAACGUCCAGAAGGAACAAUUCCUCCAGAGGUCAUGUGGGAAUGCAUCUCCCUGGGGCAUCUAGCAGCCAUGACCUAGGCUGGGCAUCAAGCAUGUCUCCAUCUCCAAGAGGAGGAAUUCCUGCUCUGAGGAGGGUAAACAGAGAUUUCACGGUCCCCUGGGCAGUCACAGGAAACCCAGUUACUCUAAGCCUGGACAUUGUCAGCAGUGGCAUCAGGAAGGAAUUUGGAAGUGCCCCUUAUACUGGUCCACUAGUGGAGAAAGCACCAUUCAUCUCCCCAGAGGGGAAGCUACAUUCUCUAGGGAUCCAGGUUGCCCAAGGUGAGGUAGGGCUUCCAAACACCCUACCAACAACCAACAGUCAUACUCCUUCCUCUAGCCACAUGGCACCUGCCUUGUUCUCGAAGCUUCCAACUAAUAAGAUUCUAGCUCAGGUAAAGUCACCUCUGCUGGCUGCCUUCACACAGACCUCUCACCUGAGCCAUCUGAUGGAAAGUGUGACAAGUAACCACUUUAUUUUCCCUGUUCCUCCAAGAAAAACCUACCAUCUGAGGAUGGAGACUCCAGAUAAAGCUUUUCAAAGGUCUGGAGGAGCUCCCUCUGAGGUCGGGACCACCACAGUUGAUGGAAAGGAAGUGAGACAGGCUGGCUCCCCUUCCACUGUGGGGUCAGCAUUUCCUGAAGGGGUGGUGACCAGCCCUGCUGACUCUGUAAAUUCAAUCCUGUCCCUGGAGGAUUCUGGGAACCAAAAGACGCAUUCUUUUGGAAGAAUAGAACAGGGGGGCCUGGGAGUAGCUGGAAAGAACUGGAUUCCUUCCUUUGCCCCUCUCAGGAGAUGUCCCUCUGGAGGGAUCCAGCUUUUCAUAGGGGGAUCGAUGAUCCCCCUGCUUCCUGUGGAGCCUGAGAGAAUCCUAAGGGCAUAUAAAUCCAAGGGAGCGUUGACUCUCCUGGCUCAGGGAGAAUCCUUUCUUUCCUUUGUCUCCAACUGCAGCAAUGUCACACUGGGGCAUCCUGUGCCUCCACCCCAAUCUCUAGAGGACCCUCAGAGCCAAACUUUACAGAAGGUUCCUGAUCCCAAGUCUGUUGCAUCAGGAAUUGUGCUUUUAAAAAGCCCAUCAGGCCUCUUGAGCCUGGUGCCCCUUUGGGAGUGCAAGGGCCUAAGCAGAGUCAGAGAAUCGGCCUAUCUUCUAGAACCUGAGUCUAGGGAGAAGGAAUAUCCUUCUGCUUUUGGUGAGAAUCCCUCUUCAGCUGUACACGCCACGGCCCUGCCCCCACAGGCCCUCAAGACUCAAACCCCUUUCCUGGAUGGACUGCAAGAGGACAAAGGGAGGGGCCAGCUUGGAAUGACAGCUGUUCCUUCGAUCCAGACAAAGGUAACAAUGGCUUACUCAAUGAGGGAUGAAAUAGCACAGACCCUGGAGGAGGAACGUGGAACCUCAAAGAAACUGGGAGGCAGAGACUUCAACUUCCCUUCCUUCAGAUCUGGUUUUGACCGUGAUGCUCUGCCCUCGAGAAAUCCUCCCGUGGGGCCUGAUGCCUUCCGGGGGAUGUCUGAUGCCAAGGCCCCGCCAGCUCUGGGAACUCAAACUAUUAACUGGGCCAGAGGGACACUUUCCCCCUUGGAUACCUCAGAAAUGGGGCCUGAGCCAGCAGAGUGGCUGCAAGAAGGGGGAGCUGCUUGGACAACAGCUCUCCAAGGGGAGCCCAGGGUGAAUGAGGGGCUCCCAGAGGGCCGACUUAAAAUUCAAGCUGGCCCCACAUUGCUGUUUCUAGGGCCCUUGCUUUUCCUGACUGGGCCUGGGAUGGAGCUCCAGGUUACUGACAUCCCCUCUCUGUGGGAACCUCACAAUGAAAAGGGUAGAGAAGAAGCCAAGACACCUUCCCUGAGCCCUCCAAGGGCUGGACAUGGUAAUGUGCCCUUGACAGACCACUUCAGCUCCAGGGGGCCAUUGAGUGAGAAUCCGCUCCACAGUAUGGCUUGGGUGGGGAUGCAGGGGUCCCAAAGUAGACCUACUGACGAUGAAGAACAUAGCAGCCAGCUCCUCUCACAUGGGAGUCUCCUAUCUGUAGGGAAGGAAGCUAUCUCCAAGUCCCUUACCACUCAUAGAGCAGAGAGAAUGGCUGAGGAAGUCAGAAACAUGGUAGGGAAAAGUAGGAACCUGGCUGUGUCCUCUGCUGUUAAUUCUGGAAGAACUAAGUCUGCCUCAAGCCAGUUACAUUUUGUCAACCUGUCUUCUCCUCUGGAAAGGGGGGGCCAAACCCUAAAGCCCACAAAGACUAGGCCAAAAGUCCAUAGCUCCCAGGGAGGGAAAGGGGGACUGGUUUCUUUUCCCCUAGUGGGUGUCACUUCACCUUUGGUUAAAACUUCUGAUCUCAGCAUGAGGCCUUCCCCUUCUCCUUCCCUCUUUCCACCUCUUCCUCAGCACCUAGCGUUCACUAGGAGUGCUAAAUUGUCCACAGCUGCUUCACUCAUAAGGCAAGCAACCACCCGAGGGAAACUACAGAAAUACCAACAGAGCCUUCCCCUCCAGAAAAGUGGCUUUUUGCAGGGUCCAGGAAAGGCUAGCGUUGGUAAUCCUGAUUCCAAGACCCCUCAGUGGUUCCAGUCCUGUGACCAUACAGAGCAGGGAAGGGACUGUGCCCAGAACCAAGAAGGCCCUGCUCCUGGGGAGUUGUCAGGAAACAUGACCUCUCAAGGUCUGGAGCUGGGCUCCUUGCCCCAUCUUGGCUGGUUGGAGCCUGUCUCUUUAGUGAGACUGAAAGCCCCAAGACAAAGCUCUGAGCUGGAGGCUACAUCUGCGCCUUCUUGGCUCUGCCUUGGUGGAAGCUGCUGGGAGGUCAUUUUGCAAGCGCUAGACUCUUCCCAAGACCCUGAGGCCACUGGUGUGAAGAGUCUACUGGCCAGGGUCCUUUCCUCUAGGCCAAAGCCUCUCCAGAUGGAGGCCGCAGGCACUGCCCCCACCAAAGAUGUACAGAUGCCACAGGUGGUACUUGGGUCACUGCAGCUGCCACCCCAUGCAGAAUCCUCUCAUCCAGACUGGACCACACAGUCUCCGAUCACAGGGACCCAUUCUAUGGACAAUCUCGCCUUGAAAACUGCCCUUCCUGGGAACAGGACAGACCCUUGGUCCUUUGACUGGUUCUGUGACUUUGAGACAGACUUCUGUGGGUGGCAGCAGAAUGGUACCGGAGCUGGCUGGGUGCUCACUCAAGGCCAGAAGAGUUAUCCCUGGAGUGGCAGCUUCCCCUUGAAGAGCUCCUGUCAUUUCCCUGGAGGAAACCAUCUGCUUCUGCAGAACCAGGCUUCUCCACAAACAGUCCCCAGAGCUGUUCUGAUUAGCCCAAUCUUGCAUGGAGCCAGAUGGGUUCGAUUUUGGUAUGGUCCCCUGCAGCCGAGCAUGGGAACCAUUAGUGUCUAUGUCUACUCUCGGGCUCAAUUUGGUUGGCGUCUAAUCUGGUCCAGUAUGGGGCACCAGAGCUCAUCCUGGAGCUGGGUGGAAAUGAAGCUACGGGCACCACAGAAGAUACAAGUGAUGGUGGAAGGAGUUCAAGGCCCAGAAGAUGGUGCUCAUAUGAGCAUCGAUAACCUUUCUGUCUCUAGCCACCAAUGGCCAAAGGGAGAAACCAAGCUUUCUUGCCAUUCUUUCAAGGAAACUCUAAAUAAAGUUUGAAUUAAGAAAUACGUUCUGAGCUGUCAUGUUUGAAUUUCAACAUAAAGGCAGGGGUUCUGGGCACUUCAAAUGUUAAUUGCCCAUCAGUUCUAUAUACUU